UGUUAGCAACAGGAGUGUGUGGUGACUUAUGGUGGUGACAGGCAGCCAAUCAGCUCAUGUGCAGCUCCCUGCACCCUCCUCUGCGGUCCUCUCCUUGGCCGACAGACUCACAUUGAUCAGCUGUGCUACAAUUACAGCUGCGCAGAUCCGUCCAGCAAGCAGGGGGAGAUACUGUAUAUUUAUCUGAAGAGCGGGACUGCAGCAGUGAAAAUGUCGAAUCAGGCAGAGUUUGAGAAGAUGGCAGAGGAUGUGAAGAAGGUGAAGACGAGGCCUACAGACCAGGAGCUGCUUGAUCUGUAUGGCCUUUAUAAGCAGUCAGUUGUUGGAGACAUCAACACAGAAAGGCCAGGAAUGCUGGACUUAAAAGGAAAAGCCAAGUGGGAUGCCUGGAACUCCCAAAAAGGAAAGUCCAAGGAAGAUGCCAUGACAGCCUACAUUACACUUGCGAAGGAAAUCAUUGACAAAUAUGGCAUGUAAGGGCUGCCAUAAACAUGAAGGGACUGAAUUAACCCAGGAACUGUCUACUAACUCAAUUCAAUGCUGCUGUCAACAAAACCAGUAGCCUUCUGCUUUUGAAGCCAUAUUACUAGGAUAAUGUGUGAUUAGUGGUCAAAUUCACUUUGAAAUCUUUCUAUGUUUUUUAAAUUUGGAUUACUCUUGAUAGUAUCUCGAACUGAAUAACCUCUAUGCAUUGUUAAAGGUUAAAAUUGUAAAAGUGCUGUUUAACUUAAUUCAUGAAGAUUUGUGUGUUAAUACACAUGCACAGCAAUGUACUGUACUUUUUGGUACUUUGAAAUGUAGCUUGAUUUCAUGAUCAGAGCCAGACAAACUAAAUGUGAAUAUACUGCGCACGUUGUAACAAUAAAACCUCCUCUGCACUGUU